UAAAAAAAAAGAUGAGGAGAGAGAGAGAGGGAGGGGGUACAGUGCAAUGGUCGUCUUCUGACAGGUACAUCGUAGGCUGAUGAAGGACCAGCACCAUUUAAAGGCACUAAAUUAUUUUCGACAGAGGAACAGAGGAACGUACUUCUUUAGACAUCAAUGAAAGACAAAGAUCUUAGAAGAGCAUUAUCUCCAUGCAUGUCUUUCAAGUAGGGGAAUGUAAUACUUGGAAUUUCUGGUAUGUUCGGUAUCGAAUUAUGAUGGGACGGCCGUUUCAUACUUUGCUUUUGGAUUCUUUCCCAUCUCACUCCAUCCUCUUGGCCUCACGCCUUCAACCUUUGCCCUCCUCUCUUUCUUUCUCUCUCUCUCUCCCCCUCUCCCUCUUUCUCUUUCUCUUUCAGACUCCUUCUGUUCCUGACUAUCAGAUAAGGACGUUUCCUCUUCGUAUAACCAUGGGCAACUACAUCUCGUACUCGCAGAAUGACAUCAUCUUCUCUGGCAUCCUGAUUGCAGCGUGGCUGCUGAUCCGUCCGUACUUUGUCCGAAUGAGCGAGCAGGCCCAAGCUAGAAGCCAGACAAGACUCGAGGCUGAGGCUGCAGCAAACGAUGCACUGAAUAACAGUGGUGGCGCUAAUCGAGGCGGUCGGAGGAAACUCGAUUAAAGAUUAUCGAGGCAUCAAGUCGGAACGCGAAGGCUGGAAAUCACCAUUCUCUUCCGCAUGCGUAAUUGCAGGCCUGUAAUAAAAUCUCAAAAUGAAUAAUAUGUCUUGCAAACCGAGCUGCAAGUUCACCAAAUCAAAUGUUCAUCCUGACCAUCCAUU